UAUCCAGAGAAAGAUGGCGGCUCCCACGAACGAGAUUGAAGUGAUCUCUAAGAAAAAACCUAAUGUGCGGGGUCCAAGAAGAGUGGCCAAUCAGAUUCCAGAUGAGAUCCUCAAAGAUCCAGAGCUUAACGAGGCCAUUAAAUCUUUACCUGCUAACUACAACUUUGAGAUCCACAAAACAAUAUGGCGUGUGCGACAAGCCAAAGCCAAGAGGGUGGCCUUGCAGUUGCCCGAGGGUCUGCAGAUGUUUGCCUGUGUGAUCGCUGACAUCAUUGAGAGAUUCACAGAUGCGGACACUCUGGUGAUGGGAGAUGUGACAUAUGGGGCCUGCUGUGUGGACGACUUCACUGCCCGCGCUUUGGGAGCUGACUUCAUGGUGCAUUACGGGCACAGCUGUCUCAUCCCCAUAGAUUCCACUGAGGGCAUCAAGAUGCUUUAUGUGUUUGUGGACAUUCAGAUUGACACUGCCCACUUCCUGGACACGCUCAAGUUCAAUUUCCCCCCCGGCCACUCGCUCGCCCUCGUCAGCACCAUCCAGUUUGUCGCCGCUUUGCAGGCAGCCAGUGCAGAGUUGAGGCCGGAUUAUGAGGUAUUGGUGCCUCAGUGUCGGCCACUCUCUCCUGGGGAGAUCCUUGGGUGCACCUCACCUCAUCUGGAGAAACACGUCAACGCCAUCAUAUAUCUUGGGGAUGGAAGGUUUCACUUGGAAUCCAUCAUGAUUGCCAACCCAGAGAUACCUGCAUACAGGUAUGACCCAUACAGCAAAGUGUUUUCUCGAGAGUAUUAUGACCAUGAGUCCAUGAGGGCCACCAGACUGCAGGCCAUAGAGAGGGCCCGCUCCGCCCAGAGAUGGGGCCUCAUCCUAGGCACCCUUGGCCGACAGGGCAACCCCAAAAUCCUGGAGCACUUAGAAUCUCGGUUGGAGUCUUUGGGCAGGUCAUACACUCGAGUGCUUCUGUCUGAGAUCUUCCCUAGCAAACUGGAACUCCUGACAGACGUGGACGCGUGGGUGCAGAUCGCUUGUCCCCGCCUCUCCAUUGACUGGGGCACUGCUUUCUCCAAACCCUUGCUGUCUCCUUAUGAGGCAGCAGUAGCCCUGCAGCAGGUCGGAUGGCAGGAGGUGUAUCCUAUGGAUUUCUAUUCCAAUCAGAGCCUGGGGGCUUGGACUCCUAAUCACCAAGACAACCAACCAAAAAGGGCUGUACGCAAGUCCAUGCAGAAGCCACGUUCAGAUGGCGGUCAAGAGGAGAAAAGCUGUGGCCGUGAGCAAAGCGCCCCCUGUGGCUGUCAGGCGGAAUAAGCUCAGCCCUCAACACGAGUGGUCCGCCAGCCAAGCACAUCAUCGUGGUCAUCUGCAGGAGGCACAGGGGCAAAUCAAAGCUCACAUCUCGGCUCUGUUGUCUCACUGUGGAGUUGUUGCACUGCCCUGUGUCCCAAAACCAUUUGACUAUUUCUUCCACGGAUCACAAAGGAGUUGUUAGACAGAAUGUUAGUCUUAUUCAACAUUUACUUUUAUUGCGUCUUCUUUCCAUGUAAUCAAAGUGGAUGGUGACUGAGGCUGUCAUUCUGUCUAACAUCAUCUUUUGUGUUCUAAAGAAGAAAUAAAGUAAUAUGGGUUUGGAACAACACAAGGGUUAGUAAACAAUGACAAUUUAUAUUUUUGGAUGAUCUAUCCCUUUAAGCAGAGAGAGGGAGAUACAAAAGUGGUAGAGAAAGAGAGAAUGUGUGAGAAUGCUCGAGUGUGAGGAAGUCUUUUAUGUGUGUGUUUUGUGUGCUGUUAUGUCGCUGGUGUGUGUGCGAGAAAGAUAAUCCAUUAAAAAUAUUGCUGACCCUGAAUGCACAGUGUUUCAUUUUGCGCCAUGUGGGAGGCUUUAGUUAAAUGUAAUCAUCUUGUCCCUCAGUUAGAAAGGAGCUGCCAUCCACUUUACAUUCGUGACCUUCAAACGUUCAAAUGAGCGUGUAUUCAGAAUUAUUCAUCUGCAGAGGAAGAUAAUACUCAUUCUGAGUUCCAGCUCAGGCUUUUGCCUUUCCCAUUAUGCCAUCGGUAGUUCUGCAACAAAAAGACUUUGUAUCAGACUUUCAAUGUUUUGUAGAGAACACAUUUAAUUUAUACUGAGAAUAAAAUUACAUGUUUACUGUUUACUGUCAGACUUUGAAUAACUGGUACAACAUAAAUGCCAUUUUCUUUUAUACUCGGUGAACAAUGAAACCCUGGAUGGAUCAGUUGUCAAGUGAGACUCACUGAGCCAAUUUCCCUAAACCGGAUUAGGCCAAGUCUUGGACGAACUUUCACUGUCAGUAGUGAUUAUUCAUUGUAAAAUCUUUUAUGGUCUGAGACUACACAUGAUCUUUGUCCUGGAAAGCAGCUGUAUCCCUUUAAAUCUGGCACUGAAGAUGCUGACUCGGUGUAAUCAUCACAGGCCUGUCAAAAUAUUUUAAGCCCCUUUAGUUGCCUUCUUAUAGAUUUCAUGUAUUUUGAGAGGACAUUAUUAAUUAUUGAUCUGUUAAAUUAUUAUAUUUUUAAUCAGGAAGCUGCUAUGAAUGUAUUUUUUGGUGUAGUUUUGUUGAGUUUGCCUGCAGAAUAAAUCUUCAAAUUGGUUUUAAUCAUUGUUAAUAUAUUACCUAGAUCAUUCUCUUAUCCAGCCAGUAUUUAUAAAUGAUCAUUAUUUAGACAUAUUACCAGUUCUUUUGGUCAUUGAAUAUCUUUAAAGCAGUGGGUCUCAUCUGGUGGGUUGCAGGUAAAUAAAAU